UCGAAGAGAUCAAAAACGAGACUGUUGAUCUGGAAAAGGUUCCCAUUGAGGAAGUGUUUGAGCAGCUGAAAUGCUCCAGGGAAGGUUUAAGUGCAGAAGAAGGAGCCAACAGGCUUCAGAUCUUUGGACCAAACAAAUUGGAAGAGAAAAAGGAAAGCAAAAUACUCAAGUUUCUUGGGUUCAUGUGGAAUCCUUUGUCAUGGGUGAUGGAAGCUGCAGCUAUAAUGGCAAUAGCACUGGCCAAUGGUGAUGGAAAACCCCCAGAUUGGCAGGACUUUGUGGGGAUUAUUUGCUUGCUUGUAAUCAACUCCACUAUCAGUUUCAUUGAAGAAAACAAUGCUGGCAAUGCUGCUGCCGCCCUUAUGGCUGGUCUUGCGCCCAAAACUAAGGUUCUCAGGGAUGGUCGAUGGAGUGAACAGGAUGCUUCAAUUUUAGUUCCGGGAGACAUCAUCAGUAUCAAAUUAGGAGAUAUCAUCCCUGCUGAUGCUCGUCUUCUUGAGGGUGAUCCGUUAAAGGUUGAUCAGUCUGCCCUUACUGGAGAGUCACUUCCAGUGACCAAAAAUCCUUAUGAUGAAGUUUUCUCUGGUUCAACUUGCAAACAAGGCGAGAUUGAAGCUGUGGUUAUUGCUACUGGCGUUCAUACCUUCUUUGGAAAGGCUGCACAUCUUGUGGAUAGCACAAACCAAGUUGGGCACUUCCAACAAGUGCUUACUGCAAUCGGGAACUUCUGUAUUUGUUCCAUUGCUGUUGGAAUGUUGGUUGAGAUUAUUGUUAUGUACCCAAUUCAGCAUAGGAAGUACAGGGACGGAAUUGACAACCUUUUGGUUCUCUUAAUUGGAGGUAUUCCCAUUGCCAUGCCCACCGUUUUGUCGGUGACAAUGGCUAUUGGAUCACACAGGUUGUCACAACAAGGUGCCAUUACUAAGAGAAUGACAGCCAUUGAGGAGAUGGCAGGCAUGGAUGUUCUAUGUAGUGAUAAGACAGGGACACUAACCCUUAACAAAUUGAGUGUCGACAAAAACUUGAUUGAGGUGUUUGCAAAGGGUGUGGAUAAAGAGCAUGUGAUGUUGCUUGCUGCAAGGGCGUCUAGGACUGAAAACCAGGAUGCUAUUGAUGCUGCAAUUGUUGGGAUGCUUGCUGAUCCGAAGGAGGCACGAGCUGGUAUUAGAGAGGUGCAUUUCUUUCCAUUCAAUCCCGUGGACAAAAGGACUGCUUUAACCUAUAUUGAUGCUGACAGCAAAUGGCAUCGGGCUAGCAAAGGUGCCCCUGAACAGAUCUUAGCCCUUUGCAAUGCCAAAGAGGAUUUGAAGAGAAAAGUUCAUGGCAUAAUCGAUAAGUUUGCUGAACGUGGAUUGCGGUCAUUAGCUGUUGCAAGACAGGAAGUACCUGAGAAAACAAAAGAAAGUGCAGGUGGUCCAUGGCAAUUUACUGGAUUAUUGCCCCUCUUUGAUCCUCCUAGACAUGAUAGUGCAGAGACCAUCCGCAGGGCUCUACAUCUUGGUGUAAAUGUCAAGAUGAUUACUGGCGAUCAACUUGCCAUUGCUAAGGAGACUGGCCGAAGACUUGGAAUGGGAACAAACAUGUACCCAUCUGCUUCUUUACUUGGUCAAGACAAGGAUGCAUCCAUAGCUGCCCUUCCAAUUGAAGAAUUGAUUGAGAAAGCAGAUGGGUUUGCUGGUGUAUUUCCAGAGCAUAAAUACGAAAUCGUGAAGAAGUUGCAAGAAAGGAAGCAUAUCUGUGGAAUGACAGGAGAUGGUGUCAAUGAUGCACCUGCAUUAAAGAAGGCAGAUAUUGGAAUUGCUGUUGCUGAUGCUACUGAUGCUGCAAGAGGUGCUUCUGACAUAGUGCUUACAGAGCCUGGACUGAGUGUUAUCAUCAGUGCAGUCCUAACCAGUAGAGCUAUUUUCCAGAGGAUGAAGAAUUAUACAAUAUAUGCAGUCUCCAUCACAAUUCGUAUUGUGUUUGGUUUCAUGUUUAUUGCCUUGAUAUGGAGGUUCGAUUUUUCCCCAUUCAUGGUUUUGAUCAUUGCUAUCCUAAAUGAUGGAACUAUAAUGACGAUCUCAAAGGAUCGGGUGAAGCCAUCUCCAUUGCCUGAUAGCUGGAAAUUGAAAGAGAUUUUUGCUACUGGUAUUGUUCUUGGAGGUUACUUAGCAUUGAUGACUGUUAUAUUUUUCUGGGCAAUGAGGGAAACUGACUUCUUCUCGGAAAAAUUUGGUGUAAAAUCUAUAAGGAACAGUCCUGAUGAAAUGAUGGCUGCUUUAUACCUGCAAGUGAGUAUUGUGAGCCAGGCUUUGAUCUUUGUCACUCGAUCUCGCAGCUGGUCCUUUCUUGAACGCCCUGGAUUGUUAUUAGUCAGUGCCUUCAUGAUUGCGCAGCUGGUGGCAACUGUGAUAGCUGUAUAUGCAAACUGGGGUUUCGCGAGAAUUAAAGGAGUUGGUUGGGGAUGGGCUGGUGUUAUCUGGGUUUAUAGUAUUGUCUUCUAUUUCCCACUUGACUUGAUGAAAUUCACAAUUCGUUACAUCUUAAGUGGAAAGGCUUGGCAUAACUUGCUAGAGAAUAAGACUGCUUUCACCACAAAGAAAGAUUACGGAAAAGAGGAGAGAGAAGCUCAAUGGGCACUUGCUCAAAGGACAUUACAUGGACUUCAACCACCAGAAACUUCAACUAUUUUCAAUGAUAAAAGCAGCUAUAGAGAGUUAUCUGAAAUUGCUGAACAGGCUAAGAGGAGAGCUGAGGUUGCAAGGCUUCGCGAACUUCACACACUCAAGGGUCAUGUUGAGUCAGUGGUAAAGCUGAAAGGGUUGGACAUUGAUACCAUCCAACAACAUUAUACAGUAUGAAAAAGCAGAUGAAAUACUACCUAAGAGAGAGGGACAGGGCUGCGACGGCUCCAAGAAAGGCCCAAAUCAUGAAGAGAAUCAAGAAACCCUCCUAACUAGAUAUGAUAAAACGUUUGCUUUACCUUUCCUUCCUUGUGUAUUUCAACUUUCAAGUGCCAAAAGAAAGUUUGUGUUUGGCUUCAUAAUGCUUGAACGCUAAUGAGCAAAGUAGCAGAUCUUGUAAAACAAUUUUUAUGGUUGGUUCUGUUUUCUCCUUGCUCUCUCAGUUGCCUUGGUAUUCCUAUUUUAAUUUGUCUACAACUAUUUUGGAACCUUUUAUAUAUGAAGUGUGAAUAGUAUCAUUUAACUUAUUUGUUUU